UCUCUAUAAAAGCACACAUUACCGUCUACUUUACUUGAAGCAAUGGACCUAGGUUUGUUCUUUCAAAAGCCGCCAUGGUCAAAAUCGCUAUUGCAGGUGCAACCGGCAACGUCGCCCAAGAGGUGACCGAAGCCCUCGUCGCCACUGGAAAGCACAAGCUCCUCCUCUUGACAAGAACUGACACAGCGGAGCUUUCUUCCAACAACGCCUUUCCCAACAUCACAUGGAUCACAACGGACUAUGACGGCUUGGAUGGAUUGUCGGAAACUCUCCAAGGAGUUGACACUGUCCUAUGCUUCAUCGUCACCCACUCAGACCCGGGGAACACUGCUCAAAAGAAUCUUAUCAAUGCCUCGGUCCGUGCCGGAGUUAAACGUUUUGCGCCCAGCGAGUGGGCAACGUCCAGCUUCGAGCAUCUCCCGUGGUAUGCCGGCAAGGCAGAGAUCCGAGAGUAUCUCGCCGAGCUAAACAAAGACAAGAAGGCAAGUCACUCAGUGCUCGAGUACACCUUCUUCCAACCAGGGCAGUUCACAGACUACCUCUGCUACCCCUACAAGUCCUCCAAGCACAUUCACCCGUUCCAAACCCAGAUCGACUUUCACGCCCGCCGAGCUAUCAUUUUGGAGGACAGUGAGGACGCGCGAAUCACCUGGACUACAGCCAAGGACCUUGCAAAUGUCGUCGCCAAGGCUGUUGAGCACGAGGGCGAGUGGCCUGUUGUUGGCGGUAUCAGAGGAGACGAAGUAACCAUUGGUGAGAUUAUCGCGCUUGGUGAGAAGAUUCGGGGGGGUCCCUUCAUCGUCGAGAAGCUCAAAGCAGAAGACAUCAAAGCCGGGAUUGUCAAGAGCUCUUGGUUGCCUGUGGUUGACCACCCCUCUCUUUCUCCAGCAGCAGUUGAGGCUAUGGCAAAGGGCUUCCUUUCUGGAAUGCUUCUGGGUAUCUCUGCUGGAGUGCUGAAAGUCUCGAAUGAGUGGAAUCGGUUGCUUCCAGAUUACGAGUUCACUAGGGCCGAGGAGUUUUUGACUGAGGUCUGGGAAAGCAAGCCGUAG